AACCAAUUAAUAUAAGUUUUACACUCAAAAUCAGAUCAUUUGUGAGGAGCGUACGUAAUGAUAGUAGUACUGGGUCUUAUGUUGUUGCUUGCCACGGCUGUUCAUGUGGUGAGUGAGAGUAAUCAACCUCAGUGCUUGGAAAGUGAGAAAGAGGCUCUCCUAAGCUUUAAACUUGUCGUUCAAGAUCCAAACGAUCCUAUCUACUCACGCACCAAUAUUAGCGUUGACCAAAACUGUUGCGAAUGGAGCUAUGUCACCUGUGACCACCAAACAAAUCAUGUCAUUGCCAUUGAUUUUAGUGGCCCUGAGCAAAAUGUAAUCGGUGGUGUGAUCGGCUCAUCCUUGCUUCAACUGGAAUAUUUGUCCCACUUGGACCUGAGUGGAAUGAACUUUAGUCGGAUUCCGAGGUUUAUGGGCUCUUUGGAAAAACUUACAUAUCUCAAUCUUGGAGGGAAUCCUAUCAGUGGAAUUGUUCCUCCACAGCUUGGAAAUCUCACCAAAUUGGAAUUUCUUGAUCUCUCAAGCACUUCCGAUCAAGUGAUUGUUGGUAAUCUUGAUUGGCUCUCACGUCUCACUUCUUUGAGGACCUUUAGACUGUCGGGAGUGACUUUUACUAAAGAAGAGCUACAAUCCAUCAAAUGGGCACCUAGCUUAUCAACCUUAUUUAUAUCGAAUUGUCUACUUCCCAAGGUAGAUACUUCCUCUCUUUCUUAUGCAAACUAUUCCUUUAAAUUUCUCCACUCUCUUCAAAUCUCUCAAAAUUCUAUACAUCCUGCAACAAUUACCUGGUUAUUAAAUUCUAGUGUAAUCCUUGAUACGUUGUUGCUCACAAAUAACAUCAUAGAUGGUUACUUUCCAAAUUCGUUUGUACACAAGCAAUUUCUUGAGCAUGUUGACUUGUCAGGAAAUAAAAUUGCAAGUAAAGUGCCAAAAUCAUUGGGCAACCUUACAAACCUAAAGCAUUUGGAUUUGUCUAGUAACAAUAUCAGUGGAACGUUACAUAAUCUUUUAGAAAACCUCACAGGUUCCACCAGAAAGUCCUUAAAGAAUUUGCACUUAAGUUUUAACCAACUUGGGGGGUCAAUUCUUGAGGAUUUUCAGAAGGCAUUCCCAUCUUUGAUAGAGCUAUAUCUUGAUAAUAAUCUGUUAGAAGGCCCUUUCCCUAACCAUUUAAAAAUAUUUCCUAGUCUUCAAUUUUUAAAUUUGGAUGACAACCACUUCACAGGACUACUGCCCGAUCUUUCAUCAAUGCCAAAUUUGACGACUUUCAGUGCAUCAAACAACAAGUUCAAUGGUACUUCAAGUGAUAGUAUUGGUGAGCUUCAUAGUCUAGAGGUUUUAGAUGUCUCUUCUAACUCUCUCGUUGGUGAUAUUUCUAAUGUGCUAAAACUACGAUGUCCUCGAUUGAACCACUUAGAUUUAUCCCAUAACUCAAAUGCUUCGUUGAAAUUUAUCUCCAAAUAUUGGGUCCCAUCGUUUCAGCUCACAUUCAUAAAAUUGAUUUCAUGCAAGUUAGGUCCACAAUUUCCUAGUUGGCUCCAAACCCAAACAAACGUCUCUGUUCUAGAUAUUUCAAACUCGGGUAUUUCUGGUCCUAUUCCUAAUUGGUUCAAAAAUAGAACUUCAAAUUUAGUGUAUUUAAAUAUGGCUCAAAACAAUCUUUCCGGAACUUUGCCAAAUCUUUUAAUAAAAGAAGAUUAUCAAGUUAAAGUGGUUGACUUGAGCUUUAACCAAUUCCAUGGUUCUAUCCCAUCUUCUUUGUCAAUUGUAAGCCAUUUGUAUCUCUUCAAUAAUAAAUUCACCGAAUUCAGAUUAUUUCUAUGUAAAGAAAAUGAAGAGUACAAUUCACUAUAUAUUCUUGACAUUUCUCAUAAUCAUUUAUCUGGAAAGAUUCCUGAUUGUUGGGGAAAUUUCCAACAACUGAGUGUUCUAAAUUUAGGAUACAAUAAGUUGUCUGGAGAAAUCCCUAGCUCAUUGAACAAGGCAAUGCUUCAAACUCUACAAUUGAGGCACAAUAGUUUAUCAGGAACGUUGCCUUCCUCUUUGAAAAACUGCAGUUGGCUACAUGUUCUAGAUCUGGGGAGUAAUAAUUUGACAGGAUCUAUACCAUCAUGGAUUGGAGAAAAACUGAACAAGUUAGUUUUACUUAGUCUGAAGUCAAAUAAAUUUGAUGGAAGCAUCCCAUUGAAUCUUUGUCUUCUUACUAAAAUCCAAGUACUAGAUCUCUCGUCAAAUGAAUUGUCAGGAGCUAUUCCUUCUUGCAUUGAAGAAUUCACAUCAAUGAAACAAAUGGGCAACCAAGAAAGUACCAUCUCUUCAACCCCACUUGUAAGUUACUACCAUAGAACUUCCUUCGGUUCGUAUAACAAUAUUGCAUCAAUCACAUGGAAAGGAGUAGAGUAUGAAUAUGAUAAAAUCUUGGGAUUACUAAGAGUUAUUGACCUAUCAAGCAACAAAUUGAAAGGAGAGAUUCCUAUUGAAGUGACUCAUCUUAUUCAAUUGAUUCAACUAAAUCUUUCAAGGAAUAAUUUGUGGGGAGAAAUUCCUAGCAUGAUUGGCAACUUGACCAAGCUAGAUUCACUGGAUUUAUCUCACAAUAAAAUAUCUGGUGAAAUUCCUUUAAGCUUGGCUCAAAUAAAUUCUUUAAAUUGCUUAGAUCUAUCAAAUAACCGAUUGAUAGGAAAAAUCCCUACCGGUACUCAGUUGCAAAGUAUCAAUGCUUCUGCAUAUAUGAAGAACCUUGGACUCUAUGGACCUCCCCUAUCAAGUUCACGCUCAACAGAUGUUCCUUCGUUUUCAACUUAUGAUGAUGAUGAUGAUGAAAGCAAUAAUGAAUGGUGUUAUAUAGGAAUUGGAGUUGGAUACAUUAUUGGAUUUUGUGGUGUUUGUGGCAAUUUAUUGAUCAAUGCUUCUUGGAGACUUGCUUAUUUUCGGAUGAUGUAUAACUUGGGAGACUGGCUCUACGUAAUGAUCACCAUUAAAUGGGCUUUGUUGCGGAGAAAACUUGCCUGGCACUAGCUGAUACUUUUGCAG